GCACCCCAUCUUCUCACAUUUGGAAGUUGUAUACUUGCCUUUUCUCGUUUUCUUUGGCAUGAUGGUGAUGGUUUUGACAACCCAUGCUUGGAGAAAAAACCUCGGUUUGAGCUCCGGGACACUUCUCAGCCCUCUUCUAAGUGGCGUCCUUUCCCACAUCCCAUCUUUUGUGAACCUUCCGAUGACGAGUUUUUCGGUAAAGUUGAUGCCUAUGCUGCCAGCUCCACCGCUGCUUUCAUUUCAUUCCCUGAGCUUCAGUGUUCUUAUUGUUGUGACCUCACUUAUUGGGCUAAUUUGAAGGGGAGAAGGAAGAGAAGGGUUGGUGCCACUCGUGGUGUUUUGCCCACCUGGGUCAUGCAUAAGGAGGAGUUGCCCUUUGAGGGCCUGGCAUAUCUUGUGGAUGAUGCUGCCUGCUUAUUUGCGGGCUUCGGUCGCUUCGAACACCGAGUCAUUGUGUGCAAGCUCCAAGGACCGACACCAGGGCCAACUGCAUAUCAACUUCUCACCUCUUAUGGUUACCCAGACUCUCCAAGUCUAGGCAAAAUGUUUGAUAUUGACUUCUCAAUCACCCUUUUACCAUCACUUGCUCAAAUGUGCAUUGUCUACUCUGGUCGUCGCUUGAAGAACACAGACGGUCUCUGCAGCGACACCGUAGUUGUUGGGCGCUUUGCCCUUCGUCAUGAAGGGGAUACCUGUGCUGAAGGGGCAGCUAAGUGGCUGGGCUCACCUUUUGCAAGUGUUGGUGUUGUGAGCAACGAUAGAAGAAACGUGCCUGAUUUCGAGUUGAUUUCUUCGAAUGAAUGUCCGGAGAUAUGUGGCUGGCUUGAGCGUCGUUGCUUCAUGGUGUAGGAUAGAUGCUUAACUCACUUUUUGCACUCAUCUCGAUCUGAUGGUAUUGUAUUACACUUAUAUUAGUGUAGUUGGUUAGUAUUUUUGGUUGCUAAACUAUCAUUUGUUAAUCAAUGUCGCAUGCUGCAUGUAGGGUAUAUUUUUUUGGAACUAAAUGAUCCUGAAAUAU